GGAGGGAGAAAAAUCGAAAAAAAAAAAAAACGGGAAAAAGGGUGAAUCUGAGGGUUCGGGCGGAUUUGGACGAAGUUUCCGAACUGUCCCGGCUCGAAGGGGUCCCGGGAUUGAAAGGAAAACGUCACCACCGAAAUAAUGGAAGAUUCCCAUUUCAACUCAUCAUACUUUUGGUCUCCCGUUCCCACAGUGCAAGGACAGAUUGAGAACGCCAUGUUUCUGAACAAGAUGAAAGAGCAGCUGGGGCCAGAAAAGAGUGCCUCCUUCCCUCACUCUUCCUCCACACACUACCCUGCCGCCGUACUUACUGUGCCUGGCCCUGCCACCAUGGACGCUGGAACAGCUGCCAGAGUGCCCAAGCAGGAAGGAGGAGGUGGAGGUGGUCCAGGAGGACCACAAAUGGCCACUGUCGGAGCACACCUCCAUCCACCCCAUUCCUCGCAGAACAUCACGGUAGUGCCAGUUCCCUCCACUGGCAUAAUGACAGCAGCUGGUUUAGUGAUCACCACUCCUCAGGGCACCCUGGUCACUCCUCCUGCCUCCUCUCAGUCUUUUGUUACUGGACCCCCUGCCACCACCAUGAUAGUGUCAACCCUGCACCCCUCAAACACAGAGGCCAGGCGGCCCCCUUCCUUCUACCUACACAACCACAAUAAGAAAGAGGAUGGCAGUGUGCCUCCAGCAGUUGUUAUCCCAGCACCCUCAAAGCGAGGCAGAAAGAAGAAGUCUGUGAUGCCCAGAACGGGUCCUGUGACGACACACACACUCCCCACAGGAAGCGAUGCAUUAAUUCUUGCUCACCUGGCUGCUGGAGGGCAGCACCACACUGCAGAUCCAUAUGACCUGUCUAAUGAUGAGGAUGAUCAUACAGGCAAGGAUGGGAGCAAAUCAUACAGAUGCCGGAUGUGCGCCGUGACUUUCUUCAGCAAGUCGGAUAUGCAGAUCCAUGCCAAGUCACACACUGAGGCCAAGCCACACAAGUGCCCCCACUGUUCCAAAUCAUUUGCCAACUCCAGCUACCUGGCCCAGCAUAUUCGCAUCCACAGCGGGGCCAAGCCGUACACCUGCUCCUACUGCCAGAAAUCCUUCAGACAGCUCAGUCACUUACAACAGCACACACGAAACCACACAGAGAGCAAACCGCACAAGUGCCCCCACUGCUCCAAAUCGUUUGCCAACUCCAGCUACCUGUCCCAGCACAUCCGCAUCCACAGCGGGGCCAAGCCGUACACCUGCUCCUACUGCCAGAAAACCUUCAGACAGCUCAGUCACUUACAGCAACACCACAGGAUCCACACUGGUGAUCGGCCAUACAAGUGUUCUCAUCCUGGUUGUGAGAAAGCCUUCACUCAGCUCUCCAACCUCCAGUCUCAUCGCAGACAGCACAACAAGGACAAGCCGUAUAAGUGCCACAACUGUAAUCGUGGUUACACGGAUGCAGCUAGUUUGGAGGUUCAUCUGUCUACACACACAGUCAAACAUGCCAAACUCUUCUCUUGCGGCCUCUGCAACCGAUCAUAUACCUCUGAGACGUAUUUAAUGAAACACAUGCGGAAACACAACCCUGAUCCCCUGACUGUAGCGGCUGCCGUAGCCGCACAGCAGGCCCAGCAGGGUCAGAAUCCAGCUCAGGCCCCAGGUAGCGGGGGUGGUCGGGGCAGGGGCCGAGGCAGGAGUACUGGAGCUGCUGCGGCUGCUGCUGCAGCUGGAACAGGGGCCCAGGCACAGAACCAGCCCAAUCCCAACCCACCAAGCAGUUACCCUGUCACAGAGGGAGUUCCCUGCCCCUUUGACCUGCACCAGUACAAGACUGUAUCAGCUGGAGAGAUCCAGUACAAGCCGGUCAGCGUGGCCGACUUAUCAGCCCACAAAGACCUUUGCCUCACGGUCUCCACCUCUGCCAUCCAAGUGGAGCACAUGAACUCAUAAAGGAGCAAGGAGAAACAGAAAGGGAGAGUGAGUCAGGGAUGGUGAACUAUGUAUUAAAAAAUGAAAUGAGAAAAAUGAGAGAGAAAACACUGCCUUGGGAUGGGAGAACAAACAGAAGCUAAAGCCUGUAUAUAAACAGAAUGAGGCACAAUGAGAGAAAAGAGAGACUGGGAGAUGAAAGGAGUAGAACAUAACAGUCAUUCCAUGUCAAACCAGCUGAAGAAAAGUUUUCACCCAGAUCACAGAGCUUCUUUGGAGCUGCUGCAAAUAAAGAUAAAAGUGAUGUUGAAGUCACUGGAAUGUUAAUUAGUGAAAAUAUUUAUUGGAUGUAAAGAAAAAAGUUUCAUUUAUUACUACCAAAGUUGGCCAUUUUGUUUUCAGAAGUUAUUUGACUUUCACUAAAGUACCAUAGCUUGACAAUAGUUUGGUCAGUGCAUAGAAAUGUUAAAAAGUCAAAAUAACUAAAAACCAGCAGACAGUACCUUGAAUUUUUACGCUUAUUUAAACAGCAUAUGGUUUAAUUUUCUUAUUACUGAAACAUUUGUAAGUCUCUGUCAUCAUUUCCUUUUAUUUCUUGUAUCUGUUCCUAUUUCUGUUUCUGAAUUAGUGUUAUCAUACAAGGUCAGUCUAGCUCUGUCAGGUCUUGUUCAUUGGUAUAGAUAUUUUAAUAAAAAAAUUAAUCUUUAUAUUUAACAUCUAUUUUAGUUUUAAACGUUUCAGUAAUAGGGAAAUGCUACAAUGUAUAGUUUGAAAUUGUUGAAUUUAUGGAAUGAUUUGCAGGUUUUAGGUGUUCCUUGAUUCUUCUUCUUUGCAUUCAAUGAAUGUUUUCACAGAAAAAAUGAAAAAUGUCGAAACAGUGCUGUUGUCAGCACAUUAUCUUCUAAUGUAGUGGCUCUCAAGAUUUGCGACAGAUGUCCCAGUGUCCCUGUGUUUUUGAAACUACACAUGAACUGUCUGUCUUGAUCUGCACAGCAGUGUUCCAGCAAAGGUCUCAGGCAUUCAUAACGUCAUUUGGUCCAUCUUUUCCCCAAUAACCUCAUAUUUGUGCUUUUAUUCCCUGUUUUUAAAUGCCAGUAAAUGCACACAACUCAAUGUUUCACCUCAACCUUUAGGCAAUUAUAAGUAAAGUUUAAGUAGAGUAUGAGUAAAAUUCUCAGUAGUACCUGCUUAAUUAUUGAAUCUCAUUGCAGAUCAGUAGAAUGGAUUUGGAGACUGGACUUCGCCAAGGUUUGAGAAAGGUACCAAACUGAUAUAAUGUUAUAUCCUUAAUUAGAAAUGGGGAAUUUUCCCUGUAACAAAAAGAUACAAUAUCCAAUAUCUAGUCACUGUAUAUCCAAGGCAGUGUCUUUAUAAGGCCACUUCAUAAGGUAACGUGUGCCUAGCUGUUUAUGUUGUCUGAAUGUUUUGCCAGUAAAAGAUGCCGUUAUAGCUUGCGUCCAUAAAAACAAUGAUGUUAUGACUGCUUUUAUGAGCCAUUAUGUCUCCUUGAGAUCUGUUCUGAUGCUGAUGAGGGGGGCCAGUGACAGAGUUCAAGUACAAGUGUUAUCUGUUUGUUACUACCAGUUAUGAUCUGAGAGAAAGAACGUUCUAGACUGCACUAAGUAACAUGGAGGAAGGCAAAAUAUUGUUUGAGAUACAGCACUUAAAUGAAACGUAUACUUUGUUUUUCAUAAUUUACAUUUUAGUCAUGUAUCAUAUUUAUGUAUUUUUCUAUUGUCUGUCACAAUUGUGUGUGUUUGUGAAUGUGUGUAUCAGAGAAUAUGUGAAGAGAUGGUUGAAAGAGCAUGUCAGUGGGGGGGGGGAGCUAGG